AUGCGAAAGGCAUCGCUGGAGCGCUACGCAGAGCGCAAGCAACCUCUCGUUUUUCUGUAUAACUGUACCAUUGGACUUCCGCUUCACCACUCCCGCAAAAUCUCUGAGGAGUCUCGGGCUUUCAUGAGUCAGGUGCUGCAGCCGUUGCUGCAAGCUCCGGAGAGGGUCCAAGGAGUGUGGAAGGUUUGCCUUCACUCUGCAUGGUUGGAGCAGAAUACACGAGACUGGGAUGGUGCGCAAGGCGGUCACAUCACAGGAGCAUCCAGUGGAUACAAGGCACGCUGCUUGACAUGGCGGUCGGCGGUGAUGCUACUACCCAUGUGCCCUGUUGCAUCCCCUGGCUCUGCAAUUUUGAUCGGCAAUGCGAAGAUCCGACGCCCGACGGCUUUGAAGGAUGAACCGCAAACGGCACAUGCACCGACUGCCACAUGCCUUCCACAAGCUUUGACAUCAACUGCCAAGUUUCGCGGAUGCUGCAGCAGCCUUCAUGAACUUGCAGUACUCGUAGCUGGUAUGUACAAGCCUGUGGGCUCACGCACGAUCACAGGGCCUGCUAGGUGGCCACGCAGCUGCGUACAACGCACAGUAACAUACAGAUCAGCCCAAAUGCACGCUGCCGCAGGCCUCGAGCACCACAUUGAAUGA